AUGGACCUCCAGGAGCAGGGCCUUCUCCCUCCAGCCAAGGAUGAGCUUGCAACAACCAUCGAGUCAUCUUUACUCACCGCCGAUGACUUGCUCACCCACAAUCAGGAGCAAGAUAGCGCAGAGCAGAUCGACGCCAAGGUGACACGCCAAGAAGUCCUCGAUAUCGAGGAAAUCCGCAAACAAGUCAAUCUAGCCCCACUCGAGCGGUUCAGAGCCAAGUACAAGCAUCUCUCAGUAUCCGAUCUCGUUGCUCCUGCCUGGUGCGAGCUUCAAUUUCAAUAUGCACUUGAAAAGACGGGCAAAAAGCGAAGAACAGUGGCCAUGAAGCAAGGGACUAAGAUACACGCUGCAUUGGAACUCGAAGUCCAUCAGACCGUGCCAUUUGAAGUGAGCAAAACCAUCAAAGAGGAGAAGCUUGGGCUGCAGCUCCUCAAGCUAUACACAGGCUUGCUCGAAUUACAGCAUGGCAAUCUCACGCGCGAGCUCCAUGUCUUUGGCACUAUUGAUGGCAUCCACAUCAAGGGCGUCAUUGAUGAGCUUGUUGCUGUCGAGAAAGCGCCUGUAUCUCAAGAGCGGGCCAUGAUGGAUAACUUCUUCGCCGGUAGUGCUAAAAGUCCGACCAAACAAAUCAUCCUGAGCGAUGCCAAGACACGAGUCUCUACGCGACCUCCGUCUGAAAGUCAAGUGGGACAAGCCAAGCUACAACUCAUGCUCUACCGUACUCUUCUCCGCGAUAUGGCAGACUUUGACUUUGCCGGACUGCUGAAGCGCGACAAACUAGAUGGUACACAACUCUUCUCUGAUGCUUUCCUUGCACAGUCGCUCGAGACGCUCAUGCCAUUCGAGCAAGACGCUGAAUCCACCAUCACGCAGCGUAAUUCACUCAACGGAUUUUGGCAUUUAUUGCGGCCUACACUUCAGAACAUGAAGGAUAGGAUAUCGAGCAAUCUCGUCAUCAACUACAUUCAUCAAAAGUCGAAGCAAGAGAUUGCGCGCGUCUCCUUUGAAGUGGAUGAAGCAUGGCAAGCUGACCAGAUGAAGCAGGUUCUGGGUUGGUGGCGAGGCCAUCAUGAACCGCGCGGUGUCGAAAUAGAAGAAGCCUUCAAAUGUCGUCUUUGCGAUUUCGAGGAAGGCUGCAGCUGGAAGCUGGCCAAGAUUGAAGAACAUGUCCAUCAAAGACGGCAGCAGCGUAACAUUAAGGGUAACCUAGGUUGA